AUGUCUUUGAGAGCUAAGUAUAAUUUUCAGGUCAAGAAACGGACCACAAACAGUUUAAACUCCGAAAAUUGUGAUCCUGGCGUAAAAAUUGUUAAUGUGAAACGUAAACUGUUUCAACCAAAUGCAUCCCCAAAGAAGUUGAAAAACUGCGCGGGAAACGAAAAUAUCCCAUUGAAAAAGUGUCAUUUAAACUUAACAAAGCAUGAUGUAUCUUCUUUUGUUCAAGCAAAACAAGCGUUUCAUACUGGAUUACCAUCAAGACUUGUUGGCCGAGACGAAGAAAUGAUCAAAAUUCGCAGCUUCAUCUGUGAACAUCUAGAACAGCGUACUUCAGGCAGCAUGUAUAUAUCCGGAGCUCCUGGAACAGGAAAAACAAGUAGUUUGAUGUCUAUUAUGCAAAGCAUAGAACAGAAAUUCAAAUUCGCCUUUGUAAACUGCAUGACUGUUAACAGUGCUUCUGACAUAUACAAGAACAUUGCUGAAGCGUUUAAGGUCCCAUCAAAAACCAAGAAUCUUCCUAAGUCACUACAGGAACUGAUUACUUCUUCUGGCUCAAUGCAUGUUCUUGUUUUGGAUGAAAUUGAUCAUUUAGACAGCAAAGGACAAGAAAUUCUAUACAAUCUCUUUGAAUGGCCACAAAUAUGUCGGUCGACUUUGAUCCUCAUCGGCAUUGCCAAUGCCUUAGAUCUUACGGAUAGAGUUUUGCCAAGGCUUCAUGCUUUCCAUUGCCAACCCUACCUAAUUCACUUUCAGCCAUAUACGAAAGAUCAGAUUGUCUCUGUGUUAGAAGACAGGCUCAGUGAAUUACAAAACGAAGGAGGACCCAUAAUCCAGCCUAUAGCCAUCCAACUCUGCGCUAGGAAGAUAGCUGCUUGUACUGGAGAUAUCCGCAAAGCUCUCGACAUUUGCCGCAGGGCGAUCGAACUGGUGGAAAGCAAGUUGAAGAAGCAGAUGGUAUUGAAUCCUAUAUCCGACGAUCGGAGCAACCCCGGGAGUCCAAUGAAAAGUUCAAGACCACCUGUUCAGAGUGUUGAUGUGGGAGACAUCAGUUCCGUGCUCAAUGAAGUUUACGGAUCGAAAUUGCAGAAAGUCAACGACCUCAAGAAUACUUCUCAGACUGUCACAAUGCCCUUGCAACACAUGCUCUUGAUCUGCACAGUGAUACUGAUGAAAAAACACUGCAAGGUACAAGACAUGACUCUCGGUAAAGUCUACAGCAUCUACAAGCGUAUCUGCAAAAAGAGAGACAUAGCCGAGGUUAGCGAAUGUUCCUUUCCUGGACUGUGCAAGAUGGUGGAAUCGAGAGGAUUCAUUGAAGUGAAGUCUGCUAAAAUUCCCAGAAUGUCUAAGAUUAUUCUAAGGUUUGAAGAAAAUGAAGCAGAGGAUGUUAUACAUGACAAAGCCAUGCUGCCUUCCAUUCUGGCUGAUCGUUCAGUUCUCCACAGUUGA